UAUGAAAUACACUUUAUGAUUGAGAUAAAUUUAUGUAUAAAUCAAUGCUUCAUACAUCGUAUUAUGAUAUGAUAUAACUCAUGAGUAUUCCUGCUAAAAAAAACAAGCUUCGAACACUUUGGCCUGCGGCAAAUCCUACCUGCUGCAAGAGAUGAUCCUCCCCCAAGUGUCACCUGACCAUUGGUAAACUCCAAAAUGAGUAGAUGAGACAAAUCUGUAAGUCACCAUGUCUUUGCCAUAUGUUGUUCUGCAGUACAAUGACUUGCAACAGUUGAACUUUAUUCAACAAGGAAGCACCAGACUUCGGGUGGCAUGCUUUGACUUGUGUCCGUCCUUGAUUGUCUUAGGGGCCAACAGUGGUACCAUAUAUAUUCUUGACCAUGACACCUUGAAACUGAAACAUCAGAUUCCAACAGGAAAUGGAUCUGUUGUGCAGCUUAGCAUAUCCCCAGAUGAGUGCCAUGUGGCUUAUGCUCUUAGUAAUGGAUCUGUGGAAGUGUUUGAGGUUAGUACUGUAAUGCGCUUUCAUGUACAAUGAGUUAAUAUGUUGUAUGUGUUGUAUGGUUGUUCUAAAGUUUAAUUUUACUUUGUAACAAGACGUAAAAGUGAUCAUUACAGUCGACUGUCAUAAAUUAAAUUAUUUUUGCCAAACUGAAGUUGUACAAUUAUUAAUUCAUUAAUGUUCUCUGUCCUAUCACGAAAAUUUGCUGUAAUGAUAUCAGAAAACCAUAUUAUUUCCUAAGGCACAUUUUAAGAGAUGCUUAUAUCAUUAAUGUUGUGCUCCUGGGAGAUAGGCUGAAUUAAUAUGCACAACAUUGUUGCAUGACUAUCACACAUUACUUAGUACAUACUGUGUGUUUUGGACCUGAAAGAAUGGUUAAAAAAAGGCAUGACCUUAUUUCCUUCUGGCAAGGGCACAAAAAGACAAAGUAAAUACUUUUUGUAAGUCUGUAUAAUGCACAUUAUUUCUUUUUACACAUGUGGUAUAGGCUUGAACAUUUUGUGUUAGUUUACAGUACCCAGCAGUAGAUAAAUCCUGAGUCCUUCUAUCAUGACAGUAUCCUACAUUAGAUAGAGAGUACUUUUAGAGUACAUUACCAUUAUUACUCGUAUGACUACCUUGUGAUGCACAAGUAUAGCAAGAUAGAAUAUUUGGUAACCCUUCAGCUCUUCCUUUUCACCCUUUUUGAGUCAAGCUGGUAUAGAGUACAGUAAAGAAGUUAUUUUGUGCUUAUUAUUAUUGACCUAUGAAUUAUAGCCUUUGAGGGACAACACAUUCAGUUUUCACCAACUUUGCUUUUAGUUUACUGUAGAUAGGGGCUGAUAUCAAAAUUAUUGUUCACAUUAUUGUGAAAAAGUGUUGUGAUUUUUUUCUAACAAAUAUUUUUUAUUGUUUGUUCUAUCAAAAUAGCAUUUGUUCAUAUGUGGAACAAACCCUCAGUCUUAACAAUAGGAUAGAUCUUGCACCAGCUGGAAACCAGUUAAAACAAUCAAAGGAAUCUCUGGGAUCUGGCAACUCAUGCGUGUACGAGGUGGAAGCUGGUCGUCGACCAAGCACAGUAUCCCAUGAUGUGUUAGUCUUUCUUUGACCACCUUGGAGAGUAGACGCAUUUGCUCUCCUUCCAAGCCGGUUGCUUUGUUUGCCUGUGAUUCUUUGUGUUUUCAGUUGUGUCUGUGAUUGUGGUUCAUCAGUCCAUGUGCACUUCCUUUUACCUAAAGAACAUUGCCCACAGGUCUUUGGACACUUUUUUCUUGGGUCCUGUGGUGGUUGCCCAACAAGUUGCGUAAUUCACCCGGUGCCCCUCAGAGGGCUAUCUGUAUCUUACCUAAGAUGAUUGUGUGGAAGAGAGAAUGAGUGAGUUGGCUGGCCUCUUUCUUUUUCUUUGUUCCUUUCUUCUUCCUAUGGGCAGGUCGAAGAAUAGACACGUCAUGCUGGAACUGGUCUGAUACAGUAAGGUGGUCAUACUGGUGGUACUUUUGCAUUGUGACUAUGCAAUAGACAAAUUGCUAUUCAGUAGUAAGAGUUCCUCUCUAGCAAGGGGAGUGAGGAGUGGUAGCAAACUCCUGUGGCUUAUAUGGUUUGUUACUAGAACAGCCAGUUUUCUUUUGUUUCUGGAAUGCAAUGAAUCUGCCCAUAUAACAUUGUAUUUCAACCCAGAUGGUUGAGUUUUAGAUAUCCGAUUUCUAUUUUUUCAUGGGCUUCAGGCUCCCUUCGUUGGAACUCAUUCUUCUAGGAAGGGUGGUCUUGUGGGUUAACUCACAGCCGGUUUAGUAUACUUGUACCUCCCUCCAAGUAUAAGUUUAUCCUAUGGUUAAGACCGAGGGUUUGU